UGGGUGCUUGCCACUUGUCGAGGUCAUCAUCGCCAACGGUAGCGUAAACGAGUAAGGUUCGGUUCAUCCAUUCCUACACCGACACCAAAGUACAUAAAGCCCAGCAUGUCUGGACCCGUUCGUCCUGACCCAGAGUUCGCCUGGUUCCCUUUCCGCCAGUGGCAAGUCAACCCACCUUUCCUCGAAGGUCGCCUCAACGUCAAGGACCCAUGGGCAAAGCGUGAUGCCUGGCGCUAUAACGCCUUUUUCUCGAAAUCCAACCGUAUUCGAAACAUGUUCCCGGGUCUUGGCAUCGGAACUGCCGCAUUCGCCGUCUACCUUGCAUACGAUAAGUGGUAUCAAACCCAGGGACCGGGAAAGGAGGAGAACGAGAAAUGGGCAAAGUGGACAGAGGAGCGAGAAAAGAGAUUGGCGGCUAGUGGGCAUGGCCAUGGGCAUCAUUAGAUAGACAUGUUUGUUGGUAGGGGAACGGGAAGGGCGCCGGGUAGAAAGUUGGAAGAUGUUGGAUGAUACCUAAUCUGCCAGGUACAUGUACAGGGCCUGUGAUGGUGUUCUACAGACUAUGGUGUCAACGCUUGCAAUACGAGAAUAACAGCACUAUUCAGUACCUCUUGUACUUUUCACCUCUCGAUGUUAUAAUGCAAAAAGGCUGGGAAACUUAGAUGGACG